GCUCCUCUCUCCUUUGUUAUUUUCCUUUUCUUCUUUCAAACCCCGUUUUGCAAAAAGUUUUCUGAAAUAACAAACAAUUUUAAGUUUGGGAAAGUGUAAGGAGCGGACACUGUUUCAUUUCACUAGCAAAACACAAUAUUCAUCUUCUCCGCUUAAUACAAUAAUCGAAACUCAGUUUAAUGGGAACCCUGAAUUUUUCCCAUGUCCCUCAAAUGGGAUUUAUGAAAUACCCCCAACAAAAACAGAAGAAUCUUGAGCUACCUAGUACUGUCACUUGUGGGCUUAGAGGAGGAACAAGGAAACCCUUGUGGAAAUCACGGGUGCUUUCCACUGAAGCCAUCCAAGCUGUUCAUUCCCUCAAGUUAGCCAAUUCCGAUUCCAAAUUACACCAUGUUUUCUCCACCAGGCUUUCCAGGUUACUCAAAGCUGACCUUUUGGACACUUUGGCCGAGUUACAGAGACAAAACGAAUUCCCCUUAGCCCUCAAGGUUUUCGAAUUUGUGAGGAAGGAAGUAUGGUACAAACCAAGCUUGUCUUUGUACUGUGACAUAAUUAAGCUGUUGGGAAAGAACAAAAUGACUGAAAUGGCUGAACAACUUUUUGCUGAACUAAAAGAAGAUGGCUUGAAACCGAAUACAAGGGCAUACACCGAGUUGAUUGGAGCAUAUUUGCAAGUCGGUUUGAUCGAGAAGGCGAUGGAGACAUAUGACAGACUCAAGGCAUCUGGUUGUUUCCCAGAUAAGUUAACCUUCACAAUUUUGAUUAGAAACCUCGAGAAUGUGGGGAAAGAAGAGCUUGCAGCGGUUUUAAAGAAGGAUUGUAAUGAAUAUCUGGAUUACCCUGAGAGAUUCCUCGAAGAUGUUCAAAAGAAACAUUCGAAGAGGCAGCAACUGGAUCUUGUUUGACAAUUUGCAGUCCGAAGGUGACGGAGGUCGUGGCACCAUUAGUGUAGAUUCAAGCUUCAAGCAAGCAUGACCCGGUCCGGCUCGGCUCUCAUAUGAGAUGUCGUUUGAAGAUUUUAAUUAAUGCGGAUGGACUUGUGUAGAAAAGUUGUUCUCAAUCAACCCCACUCCUGAUUUUGUGUAUCUGCUCAAUGUUUUGGGUUGAAGUUAGGAUUCAUGGUCUUGAUCAACAUCGCCCAUACUUUGUGUCUCUGUAUGUUAUGUAGGAAGUGUAUCAAGAACAACAUUAUAGAUUAAUUGCUUGAUUUAUGUGUUUUAACAGAUU